AUGGCUCGUGGGGAAGAUAACAGCGGCGCCACGGUGACCAUGCCGCGCCUGGAGGACAUCCUCCGACACCCGGAAGACCUGGACAAGAUUGCCGGGCUGAAAGCCGAAUACUCGCGCAAGAAGACCGCCGUCGACGCACAGCUCCGUGAAGGGCUCCGGGAUCAGCUGGAGACGGUCCAGCGCAGCAUCAACGCCCUCACCGAAGGUCAGCGACAGGUCUCGAAGACCAAGGAUGAGCUUCAGGGGAUCGACAAGCUGUGUGCGGAGUCACAGACCAGCGUGGAGGACUUUUCGCAGAUCGAUAAUCUGGCCAAGGUACAGAGGAAUUUCGAGGCAACGUUGACGAUGAAGAAGGGGCUGGAGAACUUCAGUGAGGAUCUGGCCUUGGUCGAGGACUUGUUGCGGGAGGAUGACGAGGAUUUGGAGAAUCAGCCGAAUCUGUUGCGUGCUCAUAUGCAGAUCUCGAAGCUGAGAGAUUUCCGCGAUGAGGCGAUGGAUCAGAUUCGCAAGGCCCAGGAUCCGAGUAGCGAGGAGACUUUGAUGGAUUACUUCCAGGGGUUGGAUUCCGUGAUUGAUUGGUUUGAUGAUCAUCUGGGCACGGCGUGCAUGAACCUCAUUCCUCUCGUGCAGUCGGAUAACCCGAGUAUGGUGGUUCGACUGGCCGUCGUGGUGAUGAACGAGGAGAAAAAUGAUGCAACGGUUCGUGUGCUGCAGGAGGCGCAGAAGGACCAUCAGGAUCUGGCAGAUCGAUUCAAGUCAAUGAAUGUGGGCCCCAAGACGGUGAGGGGGUAUAAGGAGAAGUUCCUACAGGCGAUCGAGUUUUAUGCCCAGAGCCAGUUCGAAGCAACCAAGGAGGAUUUCCUGGGAGACCCGGACAACCUGGAUAAGAGCUUCCGGUGGUUCUUCAACGAUCUCUACACCGUCCAGCAAGGCAUGCAAGCGCUUGUGCCGAAGAAAUGGAACAUCUACAAAACCUACGCGGACAUGUACCACCGCCUGAUGCACGACUUCUUUAUCGGACUGAUUAACGACCCCGAACUCCCCGCCGAUAACCUGCUGGCGAUCAUCCACUGGACGGAGAAAUACUACAAGAAGAUGAAAAAGCUCGGCUGGGCACAGGCUGACCUCAAGCCCAACAUCCUGGACGACCGCGAGCCCGAGCUCAUCCGCCAAUGGCAGAACAUCAUCAUCCGCGCCGUGGAAGACUGGACGAACCGCAUCGCCGAAACCGACCGCAAGGGACUGGUGGAACGCAUCCCAGACUCCCUGGACACCAACCCGGAGGGCUGUUUCCGUACCAAAACCCUCCCCGACAUGUGGCGUAUGCUCCACGAGCAGAUCAAGGCGUCGGGGGCCUCGUCCCGAACCGACGUGGUGGAAGGCAUCAUCGACGCCAUGUUCCGGGUACUCAAGGGCCGCCAAGCAGCGUGGCAAGCGCUCCUCGACGAAGAAAUCGCGAAAUACAAAGCCCCCGGCGGCGACCAACUCGACGGCCUUCAACUCCUGCAAGACUGGCUGGUCGCCGUCGCCAACGAUCAAAUCGCCUGCAUCGACGACAACGACGAAACGGGCCAACUCGGCCACCUCACGCGCUUCAAGCGCGAAUUCGAGACCAUCGUCGACCCGAAAUACAUGGCCUCGCGCGCGAUCCCCGAACUCGAGGCCCUGCGCGACGGCUACGUCGAUCUCAGCACCCACUGCCUCACCCAGUUCGUUGACCUCAUCUUCGCCGUCGACUUCCGCGGCACCAUCCCCGAAUUCUUCACUCAGAAGUGGUACGGCGAUUUCGCUAUCAAGCGCAUCACCUCCACCUUCGAGGACUACAUGGCCGAUUACAGCCCCGUCCUGCACCCCUCCCUCACUGAUAUCCUCGUCGAAGAACUCUCCGACGAGCUCCUCGUGCGCUAUCUCUCCUCUGUUCGUAACCGCGGCGUCAAGUUCCGCCGCCAUACCGACCCGUACACGGACAAGUUCAAGGACGAUGUCCUCACGGUCUUUGCCUUCUUCCAGAACUACCCGGAUUCGUUUGCCGGGACGAUCAAGCAGAAGUGGCGGCUGGUUGACUGGCUGGUGCGGUUGUUGGAGUCCGAGAAGGGCCCGGCGCUGGUGGGCGUGUAUGAGAACUUCAAGACGGAGUAUUGGGAUCUGCAGCUUUCGUGGGUCGAGGCGGUGGUCAGGACGAGGGAUGACUUCGAGAGGAGUAUGGUUAGUGCGGUGAAGGCCAAGGCGGCGGAGUUGUCGGUUGAGAGGGGCGUGGAGACGCUGAUGAGUAAGGUGAGGUAG